GGAGAAAUCCCGCAGGGCAGCGCCGGACGCCCCGGGCGGGCCGGGAGCGCGGCGCUGCCGCGGCGGGGCGGGGACCGUUGGCGGCGGCCAACAUGGCUGCCCUGGCAACCGCCGUUGCGGCGGCGGCGGCCGCCGGGCAGCAACAGAACGACAGCUGUUUCAGUACUGCAGGUGCUGGUCGACAAUUUCAGUUUCAGAAUUGGAAGGUGAAAGCUGAACAAGCUAAGAAGGUUGAAUUUAUAAGAACAGCAGAAAAACUAAAAACCCAGCUCGCAACUAUAGAAAAAGACAAAAAUGGACAUCUUUACAGCAGGAAGAGUGACUUCAGAGUAGAAUAUAGUAUGCUAGAAGAACUGGAACAUAAAAUGACUGUCAGUAGGAAGACUGAAAAAACUAAAAUCCUACUGAAGCUAUCAAAAAUACAUAAUAAUGUGAAGAGACUUCAGCGACAAUUAAAAGAUGUGAAGCCUACACCAGAAUUUGUUGACAAGCUCAGGGAAAUGAUGGAAGAAGUUGAAAAUGCAAUCAAUGCUUUUAAAGAGGAACAGAGACAAAUUUAUGAACAGCUUUUGAAGGAGGAAAAAACUUCCAUUAAUGAACUCAGUAUCCUUGAGAAAAAGGUGGAACUGUGGGCGUUAGGUAACUCAACAACAGAAAAGGUUUUGAGAUUACCAUCAGCUAGGGUCUCAGUUGAUAAAACACUGCAAAAUCAUCUGCCUGAAGAAGUAGUAGAGUUUGAAAGAUUUCUUCAGCAAACAGGAGGGCGGCAAGGAGGCUGGGAUGAUUAUGAUCAUCAACAUUUUCUGAAAGCAUGGACAAAACACAGAGGAAGGGCAUCCUACAUGGAUGAAGCCCUUGAGUAUCUCUCUGGAAGAACAAAGGAAGAUGUUGAACAGCAUGAUAAAUGGUAUCGAGAAUUUCUAGUUUUACAAGAAAGAAAAAAAGAGUCAAUUAAGAAGUGGAAAAAAAAACAGCAUCAAGAAAAAGAAGGAAUCUUGAAGGAAAAAGAGAAAUCAGAAAAAAUACUUAGGAAAGAGUGUUUUCAGCGUGAAGAAGCUCAGAAGCAAAAAGCAGAAGAAGAAAGGAAAAAACAACAAGCAGCAAUUGAAGCAUGGAAAAAGCAGAAAGCAAUGGCUUUUGCAAUGGAACAAGCAUCACAACUAAAACUAAAAGAAGAGAAGGAGAAAAAGCAACAGAAAGAACGCCAGCGCCAAUGCCAUGUUAAGUUACUGUUGGAAAGGUAUACCUUGUUGAAGAAGGAAAAGGCAGAGCUUGAAAAGAUUGAAAAGGAGAAAAGGGAGGAAGCUGAAAGGGAGGAAAGGAAGAAAAUUGCUGCAGAAGAAAUUACUAAGUUUCAAGAGCGGGAUCUACGUAAACUUGAACUAAAGAUUCAUGAAAAGCAAGCUAAAGAAGAGGAAAAACAAGAAAAAGAAAAGAGACUGGCAAAGUUAAGAGAGAAGGUUGAAAUUCAUGCAGCCAGAGACCCCUCCAGGUUGUACAGGCCUACCAAGGGCUGGGAGGAACGCACAAAGGAGAUCGGACCAACAGGUUCAGAACCACUUCUGCACAUUCCCCAUAGGUUGACAAUUGCAUUUUUCGCACUCUCUGGUCUGGAUAUGUUGGAUUCCUUAGAUGUGGUGAACAAAGAUGAUAUAAUAGAAUGGAUUUAUUCCCUGCAGGUCCUUCCCACAGAAGACAGAUCAAACUUGAAUCGCUGUGGAUUCAGAGGCUCUUCGUACUUAGGGAUGCCAUUCAACCCAUCCAAGGGUCCUGGUAUAUCUCAUCCCUAUGACAGUGGGCAUAUAGCAAUGACUUACACAGGUCUAUCAUGUCUGGUUAUUCUUGGAGAUGAUUUAAGUCGAGUAAAUAAAGAUGCCUUAUUGGAAGGACUGAGAGCUCUCCAGCUGGAGGACGGAAGUUUCUGUGCUGUGCUGGAAGGAAGUGAGAAUGAUAUGAGAUUUGUGUACUGCGCUUCCUGCAUCUGCUACAUGCUUGAUAACUGGUCAGGCAUGGAUAUGAAAAAAGCAAUAGAUUACAUUAGAAGAAGUAUGUCUUAUGAUAAUGGCCUGGCACAAGGAGCUGGACUGGAAUCUCAUGGUGGCUCUACAUUUUGUGGUAUUGCAUCACUAUGUUUGAUGGGUAAAUUGGAGGAAGUUUUUUCAGAAAAAGAACUGAACAGAAUAAGAAGGUGGUGUAUAAUGAGACAACAGAAUGGCUACCAUGGACGACCCAACAAGCCUGUAGACACGUGCUAUUCCUUUUGGGUGGGAGCAACUUUGAAGCUCUUGAACAUAUUCCAAUAUACAAAUUUUGAGAAAAACCGAAAUUACAUCCUGUCAACUCAGGAUCGCCUUGUUGGUGGAUUCGCCAAGUGGCCAGAUAGCCAUCCAGAUGCUUUACAUGCCUACUUUGGGAUCUGUGGCUUGUCGUUAAUGGGAGAAACUGGUAUUUGCAAAGUUCACCCUGCCCUGAAUGUAAGCACAAGAACCUCAGAGCGCCUUCACCACCUCCAUCAGAUCUGGAACAAGGACUCUAAACAGUGUUCAGAUGACACACACGUCUCUACAUGACUGAUUUAGACUUGAAUUUAGUUCUGGUAGCAUAAUUGUAGCCCAAGGUUAAAAGCCAUGUAUAACCAAUGUGCUCUUUUAAGUGCUGGAGUCAUACAGUCAGAUCUGUGUUGCUGGCAUCACUUUGAUAGGGAAUUGCCUUCAGCCAGUUAUUCUGCAUUGGGGAAAAAGGAAAUAAUUAGGUUAUGUAGAAGUUUGUCACCACAGACUAUAAAUGGCUCUUUAAAUGGCUUUACUUCUAAGAAAUCCCUUGAGGCAAUUAAACAUCAUUUUUAUUUUAUUUUUUUAAAUUUCUGCAUACAGUGUCAAAAUAUAUAAUGGGAAAGUAUUUUCAAAAUCUGUUUACAUAUCAUACAGUAUAGCACAGGACAUUGGAGUUCUUUAUGACCUUAAUGUUUGACACAUUUUUGGGUAGAGAAUCUCCCAUAUUAAGUCUCGGUUAAAAAUUACCUUUUGUUGUCUACUUCCAGAUUCCAUAAACUUUGUUUAAAAAAAAAAUAAAUAAAAUUAUUUUAUUCAA